AUGAAUCGGCAUAUUGUUACAUGUAGAUGUAAAACAUUUCCUCAUUUAUACUUUAAAGAUGAGUACAGUUUGAAUAGUUAGAAACAGCCAAAGAAUAGAUUUUUGUUUGAAUGCCAUGGAUCGUUUGCUGUGCCGUCGUCUGCGAGACGAACCAGAGGAAGAACGCGUACAACUUCAUGAGACGACGACGGAAGAGGAAGAGAAAGCUAAUAAAGCCAAAAAGGAAAAAGAAGACAAGUUAUUCAAGGCAUUCCAAGAAAACAAUAUUGAUGAAAUAGCGACACUCAUUCAGAAUUGUGACCUGAAUGUGAAGGAAGUAACAGAAGGACGAUCCAAAAAAAAUCUACUGCAUUCAUUAGCAGAAACCACAUGCAAAAAUCCUCAGGAAGAGGAAAAAGUUGGCCAAAUAUUCAGAUGUUUAGUUGAGAAUGGGUGUUCUGUAAAUGCUAAAGAUAAGUAUGGAAAUACUCCCCUUAAGCUUGCUGCAGAAAAAGGGAAUAUACCCAUUCUCAAGCUGCUAUUGGAAAAAGGAGCUGAUGUCAACAAAAAAGACGAUUUGUCAGGUGAUACUCCUUUACACUGGGCAGCCAAAAAUGACAAGGUUAAAGCAGUACACACGCUUUUAACAAGUGGCUUUGAAGAUGUAGAUGUCAAUAUUCAGAAUGAUUCACUUAAAACACCACUCCAUCUUGCUGUAGAAAAUAAAAGUAAAAAUGUAGUUCUACUCUUGCUUUACUAUAAAGCAAAUCCAAAGCAAAAGAACAAAGAUGGUGAACCUCCUCUGCGAUAUGCUGAAACAAAUAAUCUGUCAGAUAUUGAAAAACUUCUAAAGGAACCUAGUGAAACAUAUUCUGAAGAGGCAUCACUGAUAAAAUAUGCAAAAGAAAAUGACUAUUUAGAAGUUGUUAAACUAUUUGAACAGCCUCUAGAAGUGGAAUGUGAUGGUCCAGGUGAUCCUGUUGCAUCUCCUCGUGACAGUGAAACUGCUGCUAAUAUCAUCUAUAAUACUACCUAUAAUAUUACAAUGAGAGACCAUGCUCAAGCAGCGAUAGGUGAUGGUGCCAAAUUAAUAAAUGAACCUGCUCAAGAAGAAGAAAGUCCUUCAAGAGAAGGAGAAGGAAGUCCAUCUGCUCCACCAGAACCUACAAACACAAAUAUUCCUUCUUCUUCAUAUCCAUCUCCAACAGCUCCCCCAGAAGACCUUUUAGAGCAGAGAUGAUACUUGGAGAAAGUGGUGUAUGUGAAAUGUGAGGAAAUGACAGAUGGGAUUAGAGUGACAUCAAAAAACCCGUGAAAUAUUGCACCAAUGGCUUAAUUAUAUAAAGCGGUUUCAACGGACUGGUUUCUUUUCUUCUCUUUUUCAUAGGCUACCAAAACAAAGGAAAUCUACAGCCCGGUUAACUGAAAAGACCACUUUAUUAUAUAUAAUCAGGCCCCAAUGCACCUUAGUAUGCUCUAAUUGCAUUGUUUUCUUUUAUGACUAUUACUAUUUAUGACUUACGGAGUAAGUAGUAAGUACCUUUACCAGAUUCAAUAUUUAAGCAAUAAAAAUGGAUUUCCAUACGUUUAUCGAACUUUUUUUAAUAGUGAAAUGUUGAUUCACGGGUUUAUUGACUUCACUCUACAACAUUUUUCACUAAUGGCAUCAUUUGUAUUUUAGUAAUUUAUUUUAAAUCAACAUCACAAAGUUUAUUUGGUAUAUGCAGUACGUAUUUGCACACGUCAUAGUUUUCACAAAAUAAAAAAGGGACACCACGUUAAAUAUAUUUAAAUUUUGUAAAUAUUUAAUAUCGCUUAAUAGUAUAGCUAGUACAUGAGACAGUGGUUCCCAAUAGAACAUAAAAUGAAUGAGAUUCAUUAAAAUAAAUAUUUUGGGUGAUAAGUAUUUUACACAAUGUAGUAUUUUUAUGUUUGUAAGUAUUUGACGUAUUACAUUUUUUUAAAAAAUAAGCUAACAGAAAUUGUAAACAUGUCGAUCCUGUACCGACGCUGUAAAAUGUUUCAUUUAUAUGAGUAAUUCACAGAUAAACUAUAUUUAUUGGUUUCAAAUACAGUUUGAUUACUUUUGA